AUGUCUGACCAGCGAGAGGCACCGUCGACGACGGCGGACAGGGCGUCCGAGCCCACCACCGCAUCCAGACAAACCGGAUCGGAUGAGAGCAACGGGUCAUCACUAGUUGUGCAUCCUACGGCCGGUGGCCAGAGCGCAAGAUGGUUACCCCAUCUGAGGCUUCCGCUGCUCUCUACCGGGGUUGUAUUUCUGCUCGGCACUCUCGGGCUUUCAUGGCUCGCAGAAGGGCCCGUUGACCCGACAAACUAUGCAGAGCGCACUCGACGAGUCUUGAGUACGACGCCGCUCAUCGAUGGACAUAACGACCUUCCCUGGCAGCUACGUCUCGAACUGCACAAUCGGAUCUACGACAGCGGCGUCGACUUUACCGGAAAGCUUCUAGGACAUACCGAUCUCCGUCGGAUGCGUGAGGGUAUGGUGGGCGGUCAGUUCUGGAGUGUCUAUGUCCACUGCGAUGCGCAGCAGAAGCACUUUGAAGAUCCAUCGUGGGUUGUGCGCGACACAUUGGAGCAGAUUGACGUCACAAGGCGAUUCAUCGCCGAGCACCCUGGCCAUUUGGAAUACUGCGAUACCGCGGCAUGCGCCCGCCGCGCUUUCAGAUCAGGCCGCAUCGCAAGCAUGAUUGGUAUCGAGGGUAGCCAUCAGGUAGGUGGCAGCAUCGCAGGUCUCCGGCAGAUGUAUAACCUAGGGGCGCGCUACAUGACGCUCACGCACAACUGUGACACGGCGUUCGCGACCUCAACGUCGACGGUGGCUUUUGGAGGAGCCGACGACGGCCUCCUACCCCUCGGAUACGAGGCCGUGAAGGAGAUGAACCGUCUGGGAAUGAUGGUUGACCUAUCACACGUAUCUCACCAGACGAUGCGCGACGUUCUGAGUGUUGUCCGCGCCCCGGUCAUCUUCUCCCACUCGGGCGCCUAUGCUGUCGAGCCACACCUGCGACACGUGCCCGACGACGUCUUACGUUCGGUGAAGCAUAAUGGCGGCAUAGUCAUGGCCGUGUUCGUCAACCGCUUUCUCAACAUGAAGAACCCUGCAGACGCAACCAUUCACGACGUCGUCGACCAUAUUCUGCACAUUGCCCAAGUUGCUGGAUGGGAGCAUGUGGGAAUUGGCAGUGACUUUUCUGGAACCCCUCAUGUGCCCAAAGGCCUCGAGGAUGUCAGCAAAUACCCCGAUCUUAUCGAGCUUCUCAUGCGACGAGGAGUGACUGAUGAACAGAUACGCCUCCUCGUUGGCGAGAACCUGCUGCGCGUGUGGUCCAAGAUUGAGAAUCGCGCACGGGAGAUCCAGGCUACCGGUGAGAGGCCGGUAGAGGCAGAGUAUGACGGUCGCAAGUGGUUCCAGGGAGAUAAGUCAACACCUUGGAUGCUUCCGGGAAGUCGCAGCAAGGCCUCAGACCCAGCCGGUGGUAUUUACCACAUGUUCAAUGUCGACCAAGAAGGAAAGCACAUCACAGAUGUCAAGGAGGUUUAA